GCAUUUAUUCAUUUGGUCCACUUUUUAAAAUCAGUUCCUAAAAAACCUAAACAAAGCUGACGUUUCCAUGUGACAUUUACCGCUGUGCCUACGUGUAACGUGAUUUUGAUUCGUGUCAUUCGCGUAUGUGUGGAAGUGAGGCCGCGGUGGAUUAGUUUUCAUCAUUACAAUACAAGUGCAGUUCACUUCAAAAAAGUAUUGUACCAGAAACACUUCUUUUAUAUUUAGUACAUAGCUGUUAUUUUUAGACACAACACACAAAAAUGCCUGCUUCUCCGAGUUCUACGAAUGUGGGUUCAGGUGGAAGAUCCCCCUCAAAGGCUGUCGCUCCCAGGUCUUCUAUGGGAAGCAGUGUAAGGCAGAGGAAGACGACUACCACAACUACUACUGCCAGGAGAAAUACAGGUGCAGGAACUGGAGGAAUGUGGCGUUUUUACACUGACGAUUCUCCUGGCAUCAAAGUAGGUCCAGUACCAGUCUUAGUAAUGUCUCUUCUAUUCAUCGCAUCCGUAUUCAUGUUGCACAUCUGGGGAAAAUACACGAGAAGCAGCUCAUAGAUGAAAUUCCAGCGUUUCAUCAUUCCAUCUUCCACCUAUUUAAUGCAUUUUUGAACUGUAUAUUUUAUAUUGUUAUAAGUAUAAAAUGAAGUGUUUUUGAUUUAUAUAUAUCAUAAAAUUUAAUGGAAAAAUACACUCCUUUUCAUAUAA